AACGGUUCAAGGUGGCAUAUCAUUCACACGCCAAUCAUCAUACCAUGAAGUCUACAGUCUUCUUGUACACUGCGUCUUUCAUUCUGUAUGUUGCAGUUGACUCUGUGACAGCUUGUAUUGAUGGAGAAUUCAUGAGGGACCCGUCAUCCUGUGACCACUUCUACAAGUGCGACCAUGGACAACCAGUCAAGUUCUCUUGUGGACCAGGAACAUGGUUUAACCCAAAGAUAAACGUAUGUGAUUGGCCCUACAACGUCAAGUGUGACGUCAAUAAUCAAAACGGCAAACCAACUGACAACUAUCAAUACAACGAUAACAGUGGUGGGAACACCCCAAAUAACAAUAACUAUGGGGGACAGAACGGCCAGAAUAAAAAACCUUCGAAUCAAGGUCAAAAUAAUCACCCCGACCAAGAUAGUGGAUACCUGAAUCCUUCCGAAGAAGGGUAUCUUUGGCCAAUUCAGGGUAAUGAUCAAAAUUAUAACGGUGGAGGAUCUGGGAAUGGAGAAAACAGACCAAGACCUACAAUUGACAAUUUGUAUAACGGUAACAAUAGGCCGUAUCAAGACUACAUUGGAAACAAUCGUGUUUAAAGUAUUUAUAUACAUAAGAGAUAUACAAUAAUUAGAUGAUUCCCUACUUUUUUAUUGUUAAAACGUAAUACCAAAUAUAUUUUUACCAAGCCACCUCAACUCCGUCAACAAACAUAAUAGCUUUGAAUAAAUUGAAAGUAUGAACAGUUACUUCAUAAAUAAAUUUGAGGCACUAGUAAUUAUUCUCCGUCAAAGGUGUGUAAUUAUGUAGUUUUUAUUGUUUGUAACAUAGCUUACAGCAUUAUGCUAAACUCUGGAAAAACCUCUCUAAUUUAGAAUAUAUGUUUGACGAUUGUCCUUUUGAAUCAAAGUUUGAAUUACAGAUGGAUCAAUGUCCCAGAGGUAUGUGAAAUUUCCUCUUGAUCAUGCACAAAAAAUAAAUAUUGUGAUUGACUUUAA